UCCUUAUUUUGGCUCCCCUCGGGUAUCUCUGAUCAGAUCAGGACGGGAGCCAGAAUUUCGUUCGUCGUAGAUUUCCCGGCGAGUCCUCUUCAGAAGAAGCAGGAGAAGACGGCGAAUCAUAGUAAAAGCCCUCGCCGAGAAGAAAUCGAACCGUCUAUUACGUAGCGCGAUAGCAAUCUCCCUCACAUCAUCGAUUUGGCCAGGGCCCCACCAAACGAUGUCAUGGAUUAUUGUUGAGUUGAAACAACCCCGCCAUCCAUCAUCCCACAUUGCAAACCUCCCACCACUGCCACCCGCCGCUUCCGCAGAACUACUGUCUGCAUAGUGAGAUAAAGGAUAGACCGAUAGAUUGCCUCCUUUCUGCGCCUUUAAAACCUAGCCCGUGCCUCCCAUUCUUCGACUCUUCUUCUUCAGCGAUUAGAUUUCGAAUUCUUCUUUCCAUUCCGCGCAUAAAAUGGUUGACCACAAGGCUGCUCUGAUUGUCAUCGACGGCUGGGGCGUUGCAUCCACGCCCAACCAGCCCGGCGAUGCUAUCUCUGCCGCCGAGACCCCCGUGAUGGAUUCCUUCCGUACGACGUCCGGCUACUCCGAGCUCGAGGCAUCCUCCCUCGCUGUCGGUCUCCCGGAGGGCCUCAUGGGCAACAGCGAAGUCGGCCACUUGAACAUCGGCGCCGGACGUGUCGUUUGGCAAGAUGUUGUGCGCAUCGAUCAGACCAUGAAGCAGGGAGACUUCAUCAACACCGAGAACCUGCGCGCGUCGUUCCAGCACGCGAAGGACGGGAAUGGACGCCUCCACCUCCUCGGACUGAUCUCUGACGGCGGUGUCCACUCCCACAAUGCUCAUCUUUACGAGCUGCUUAGGACGGCGAAGAAGAUGGAGAUUCCGAGCGUGUACAUUCACUUCUUUGGUGAUGGUCGUGAUACCGACCCCAAGAGCUCGGCGAGAUAUAUGCAGGAGCUUUUGGAUAAGAUCAAGGAAUUGGAGAUGGAGGGUGUUGCGAAAAUCGCGACUGUUGUUGGAAGGUACUAUGCUAUGGACAGAGAUAAGCGGUGGGACCGCGUUCAGAUCGCUCUGAAGGGUCUCGUCUCCGGGGAGGGAGUAGCCUCUGAGGAUCCCCUGGCAACGAUCAAGGAGAAAUACGAACAGGGCGAGAACGAUGAGUUCUUCAAGCCCAUCAUCGUCAACGGUGAUGAUGGAAGACUCAAGGACAACGACACCUGCUUCUUCUUCAACUACCGCGCUGACCGUGUCCGCGAGAUCACCCUCCUUCUCGGCGUCGAUAGUUCCUACCUCCCCGACAGCGAGUUCACCCUUCCCAAGAAUCUGCACAUCACGACCAUGACGCAGUACAAAGCCGACUACCCAUUCAGUGUUGCCUUCCCUCCCCAGCGUAUGGAUGAUGUUCUCGCCGAAUGUCUGGCCAAGCAGGGUGCAAGCCAGUGCCACAUCGCCGAGACCGAGAAGUACGCGCAUGUCACGUUCUUCUUCAACGGUGGUGUCGAGAAGCAGUUCGAGAACGAGAUCAGAGAUAUGAUCUCGUCUCCUCGUGUCGCUACCUACGAUCUGCAGCCGGAGAUGAGCGCCCAGAAGGUCGCUGACAAGAUGGCUGAGCGUAUUGGCGAGAAUUCGUUCGACCUCGUCAUGAACAACUUUGCUCCUCCUGACAUGGUUGGUCACACUGGAGUCUACGACGCUGCUGUCAUCGCCGUCGCUGCUACCGACAAGGCGAUUGGAACCGUCCUCGAGGCUUGCAAGCAGCACGGCUACGUCCUCUUCAUCACAGCUGACCACGGCAACGCCGAGGAGAUGCUGAACGAGGAGGGCAAGCCGAAGACUGCACACACAGUCAACAAGGUUCCGUUCGUGAUGGCGAAUGCUCCCGAGGGCUGGAGUCUGGAUAAGAAGGGCGGUGUCCUCGGUGAUGUUGCGCCAACCCUGCUGGCAGUUAUGGGAUUGACCCAGCCGGAGGCUAUGACUGGAAGGAGCUUGCUGGUUAAGGCUUAGACGGUUAGACAUGUAUUGUUUUGGUGGUUAGACAUGUAUUGUUUUGGUAGACGGGCGUGGGAAAAUAAACAAGGAGCGUGUUUCGUCAUCU